AUGAUAAAGAGGCUCCCUGAGGAUAUAGGGAGAAGAAUAAAAGCCCAGCGAUCCAUUCCAAACACUUACAUUGUUGUGAAAGAACUGGUGGAAAACUCGAUUGACUCUGAAUGCACAUGGAUAAGGAUACAAGUCGAUGACUCUAUAGUGGUUGAGGACAAUGGAUGUGGAAUAAGCGAUCUGCGUGAUGUUGGAGUUGAGGGAAGUACUUCGAAGGAGUCGAUGGCAUACUAUGUGCUAGGAUGUGUCGACAGAGUCGAGAAGCCUUCUUAUGGGUUCCGGGGACAAGCCCUUAGUUCUCUUUCGGAGGUGUGUGAUUUGGAAAUUAUUUCCCGAUCAGAACAUCCGUUUGGACUCAAAAAAGACUUUUCAACAGGCAUCGUUUCAAGAUGUGCGAGGGAGAAAGGCACAACUGUCCGUGUUCGAAAUCUAUUCAAGAAUUGCCCUUUAAGAAGGUCGGCAAGCGAAAGCAGGCUAAAGAAGGACCUGGGAAGGAUCUGUGCUUUGAUUGAAUCAUACCGCUGUACCAACAAGAUAAAUUUCACCCUGUUCCACAAGAGAAAGGUUCUUCUAAGUUGUGGAGGGUACGAGACGCCGAGAGAGUAUUUCGAAUCCAACUAUCCUUCCUUUGUCGGGAAGUAUAUGGAGCUGUGCAAUGGGCAGGUGGAAUUCUUUAUGCUUCCGGCAUCUGUCCGAGAGCCCAAGCAGCUGAUGUUUCUGGAAAGAAGGCCGAUUUCGAACAAAAGGAUAUCGGCUGCAAUAAAGAAUGAAUUCAAUCUGUAUAGCGAAGGAAUCCCGACGUUUGUCCUGGUGAUCAAGGGGUAUGGGGAUGUAAAUGUAUCCACGGACAAGAGCGAGGUUAUAUUUUCUGACGAGGGUGGGAUUCUGAGUCUUCUGAAGUCUGAGAUUGGCAGGUUCUUCUCUUCCGAGGUGCAUAUGCAUUCUCGGAGCAUUCCCAAGACUCUGGGAAGUUAUUCUCCAGCCCGAAACGAAACAGAAGACAAUAGCGGAGAAGGAUUUAUGGGAAGUAACUUCUCUGGAACAGCUGUGCACCAUCCGGCUGUGAGACUAUCACGAGUAGCUCCCUCCCUGGGAAAGAGGGAGAGAAAGCAGAAUGAAAUGACAGAAGAAAAUGAAGAAAGGAGCAAGGAUUCAUCGUCGGUGGAAGAACCCUCAUCAGGAAUUGGGUCGCUGGACAACACCGAAGUGAAGCCUUCUUCAUCAAACCUCUCUGAAGAGUUGGAGCCACCUCUCGAGGAGAAACAACAAGAAGAAAUAUACGAAAACGAAGGCCAUCUGGCAACAGGAGCAUAUUCAUUCUUCAAAUACGACGAGCUUGUCCAUCCGAAGAUUUCGUUUUCAAAGAGCGACUUCAACAGACUUGAAAUCAUAGGCCAGUUUAACAACGGAUUUAUCAUUGCAAAACUGGAGAAAAACGAAAAGACCUAUCUUAUAGCUGUAGACCAACAUGCAGCAGAUGAAAUCAGGAACUUUGAGAAUAUCAAGAAAACAUUUUACCUAAAGAAACAGAGUGUGAUAGUCCCUGUGAAAUUGGACCUCACACCCAUUGAGGAGAUGAUUGUCAACGAGAAUUCAGAGGUGUUUGAAAAAAAUGGAUUUGUUGUGAAGAAUGGCAUGCUGGAGACGAUUCCUGUUUACAGAAACCAGGUGUUUGGAAUCAAGGAGUUCAGGGAACUUCUCGAGGAUGUGAAGAACGAAGAAUAUGAAUUCAAGAAAAUUCGGAGCAUAAUUGCUUCAAAGGCAUGUAGAACAAGCGUAAUGAUAGGCGACGCUCUUUCUGCAGCGGACAUGAAGAGGAUAGUAAGGAGCUUGGGCGUCUUGGACAGGCCUUGGAAGUGUCCUCACGGAAGGCCUACGUUCAUGAUAUUGAAUGAGGCAGAGAUAUAG